UUUGUGUUUAGCGACCAACUAUUUACAAGAUGGCAACGCCGGAUCGCCGCGAGGACGGCCGACUGGUCCAAGAGAUCCGCCCGCUCGCCUGCGAGCAGAGCCUGCUCAACCGCGCCGACGGCUCUGCGCGCUUCAACCAUGGCACGACGUCGGUGCUGGCGUCCGUCUCGGGCCCCGCGGCGGCCAAGCUCCGGCGCCAGGAGAAGUCGUCCGGCGCGACGCUCGAAGUGACGUUCAAGGCCGAGAAGGGCGCGCCGUCCGCGCGCGACAAGGAGUACGAGAUGAUUUUGCGCGAGACGUUCGAGCCGAUCAUCGUGCUCGAGAACUUUCCCCGUGCAGUCGUUAGCAUCACGGUGCAGGUCGUCGAGGACGACGGCGCGCUUCUCGCCGUGGCCAUCAACGCCGUCAACCUCGCGCUCAUCGACGCCGGUGUGCCCAUGCGCAGCAUCGUUGGCGCAAUCACGUGCUCGAUCCUUGAAGACGGCCAGCUGUGCUUGGACCCGUCGCGCUCCGAGGGCGAGACGGCGGCAGCCACGGUCACAACGGCGUGUUGCGGCAACAACGACGGCAUCUUGACCUCGAUGACGUCUGGCGUGCUCUCGGAAGAGCAGUACUUUGCCUGCUCGGAGAUCUGCAGACGAGCCAUCGAUAGCGUCCUCGCCGUUGUGCGUAUUUCCCAGGAGAGCAAAUUCAACAACGCGUAAACCUACAACUCACCCCGUGUCUUCUUCUCUGCA